UGUGGUGUAUGGGCAGCUCAAGUCGAAACGGCGCUCCUAUUGUUGCUGCAUCUGAGGGAAGAAGCUCUAAAACAGGAGAUCCUAAGAGAUGAAGCGCUGUCCCGGUGGCUAAGGAGUCUUCUGCCUCAGCUAACUCCACUUCAUGAGCUUGAUCGCCUUUCACAUUGCCCUAUCCCCUUGGCAAUCCAAAAGCUUUUACUCCGGCUGUUUCUGCGCCUUGCACAGCUGCAGCAAGGGGAUUCGCAGAUUCAGCAGCAGCUGCGCCUACCGAGCACUGCAUGCCUGGAUGUUUGCUUGUGCUGGGAGGCCGCGGAUGCUGAUCUGUCUCAUGCAGUUGCUGCGGCUCUGCUUGCCGCCCUAAAGCCCGCAAAGCGGCAGCAGCUAGCAGACGAAUUGAGGGAGGUCAUCCCCUCAGCAAUUGACCAUGCAACUGGUGCGAUCUCAGCGCUCUCCAGAAGGCCCGAGCGCCCACUGGUUCCGACGCGUCCAGCUGCAGAGGGAGGAGAAGGAGUGCAGGAGGCGUGGCAGGAAGCAGCAGCUGUUGCGCUGCACGCCUUGAUCGAUGCUCUAGCGACGCUGCGAGUGGCCACCUGCUGCUUGCCGAAUGCUUUCGCACUGCAGCUUUGGGAAGGGUUCAAUGAUGCGGACGGAGAUACCGCAUCCACAGACAGGCCGGGACUAAACUUCAUGGCGCAACGACUCGCAGCUCCUAAGGACCCUUUCUCUGCUCCCUUGAGGGCCGCAUAUGCAGUUACAUCACAAGCCCCUUGGUACUGCGCGUCAGACUCCCUCCUGCCUCUCCGGCUGCAGCAGGCAGCAGAGAGAGUCCGCCGGCUGGCGUGCAGCUGCCUGGUGGGGGCCUCUGCAGCAGUAAGCCACAAUGUGCGGGAAACGCUGAGUCAAGACUCCAGCACGCGUCAAAGCAGACGAUCGAUCCAACAAGCAGAGGACCUGUUACAGCAUUGGGGAGAUUCGCUCUUGCAGCUCUUUGAAGUACAUGCCCAGGACAGUGCAUCAGUCUCUUCUACAGCCCCUGCACCGUCGAGUGGUCAAGCAAAACAAGGAGACGGGCGCUGGGCUCUUUCACAAGAGGACGAAGCAACUGUGCAACAGUUGCAGGAGAUGCUGCCCUCCUAUGGCCAGGGAUAUCUGUAUUUGGCGUUGAGGGAACAGAAGGGCGACGCAGAUGAAGUUGUUUCUCUUCUCAUGGAGAACAUGCAGCCAGCAGCUCUUCGGAAUGUGCCCGUCAAAGCCACACUUGAAGAUGCGGCGGCGUUGCUGGAGGCAGAAGAAAAGGGUUCAGCCCCUCCUCUAGGUUCAACGCCUGAUGGCGCUGACCUUGAAAGACAAAUUCUUGCUCUGGCAGAGAGAGCGGCAGAGGAGGCCUUGCUAGAGGACAGCGAGGUAUCUGGCGGUUCGCUCUAUGAUGACGACGCCGAUGAGGAGCUGCUGCUGGCUCAGGCUGCCGCUGCACCCUUUAGCCCCGCUGAAACUGAGGCUGAGGAAAGCUCUUCUGAGGAGGAGAAAUGCAAGGAAGUUCCUGCUCCGGGUAUCCCCACUAAGCGUUUGGUCUCAUCUGCCUUAGGGCGUACGCCAGUUCGAGGGGGGACUCUGGCGGCUCGGAGGAAGGAAACAAACAAAGCGUCAAUUGGAAAUCAUUCGCGGCGCAACCAGCGGAGACGCAAAAUAGAGAGAUGCAUGGGCCCUUGA